AUGGAUUUGAUCGGCCCACUUCCCGUCGGAAAAGGUCAGUUCAAGUGGGUCAUCGUGUGCAUCGACUAUCACUCCAAGUGGAUUGAAGCUGCACCCUUGGCCGCAAUAACAACUAAGAAGGUCCCACAUUUCCUACAACGCAAUAUCUUUUACAGCCAUGGUACGCCGGAGUCCAUCACGGACAAUGCCACGCAAUUUAAUAAUGACCUCCUAAUCACGUGGUGCAAAGAAAGGGGGACUACGCUCAAAUUUGACUCGGUCGCGCACCCCAAAACUAAUGGGCAAGUAGAGGCUGCCAACAAACUAACCAAAGGUAUCCUAAGGAAGAAGUUGGAUGGUGCAAAGGGGUUUUGGCCCGAGAAGCUUGAUGAGGCAUUAUGGGCAAUCCGAACCACGCCAAUAGAGGCCAUAGGCGAGACAUCCUUUUGUCUAAUGUAUGGCACAGAGGCAGUACUCCUUAUUGAAAUGAUCCAACCAAUACAACGGGUUAUACUGUUUGAACCCGAGACUAAUUCGGAGAACAUGCAACUAGACAAAGACCUCUUGGAAGAGAAACGCAUUGCAGCGCACCACCGCAACAUCCUGAACAAGCAGUACAUGACACGCUUCUACAAUUUUCGGGUGAAGAGCAGAACACUUCAACUCGGGAACUGGGUCCUAAAGAAAGUUCAAACAAAGGUUACCGAACUAUGCCCGAGAUGGGAAGGACCAUAUAAGGAUGUGGAGAUCAUUGCGCCCAACACGUACUAUCUGGAAGACAAGUACGGAGAAAGACUAGCCCACCCUCGGAACAUGAAACAACUUAAGUACUACUACAAGUAA